UGACGUUCAGGGCUCCCUGCUGCAGAGAAAGAGAAAGUGAAAGAAUUAGGAUUUCAUAGAACUGAUCCCGGACCAGAGGAAGCUGUAACAGUCUGCGAAUCAUUUCUGAUCAAACUUGGACUCCAUGUCUUCAGAUGAGGAUUUCUCUCUAAUCAUGGAGUCACAGCAGCCAUCUGAGGAAACUUUAGAUGGAAUCCAGGCCUUAGCCUCCAACUACAAGAUAAAGUGCAAUCAGCUGGUUCAGCAGCAGAAUGAUCUGGCCAUCCUCAUUAGGGACAAUCAGGAGAUGACACAGAAGUUCAGGAAGCGCUCCAUCAAACUGGCCAAGAGUCUGCAAGAGGACCAGAAAUCCUACCAGGAGCAGAUGGCCAGUGAAAUGACGAGGCAAAGUUUACUGAGUCAGGAGGAGCUCAAGCUCAUGAAGGAUAUCCAGGACGUCGAGGCUGCCCUGAAGGAGGAGGAGGUCUAUAAUGAACACCUCAGAAAGCAGACUGAUGUGUUCACCGCUGUGCCAGAGAAGAAGGUCGUCUUUAUGGGGAAGACAGAAGAUGCAUGUGACAUGCAAACAUUUGAAAUGACAUCGCGUAUCGUUUAUCCGAUGAAGGAAGGAACGGCACUGAUCACGUUUGAGGAGGAAGAGGUGGCCAAGAGGAUCCUGAGCAUGAAGAAGCAUCAGGUGAAGCUGGAUGACGAGUGUCGCAUCAACGUGAAGGCCCAGCCGGUUCAGCUGAUGCUGCCCAGUCUGGUGGAGAUCAACUCUGAAGUUUGUCCUCGACGUAUAUUAAUCUCCAACCUGCCAAAAAUGGACACGGAGAAUCUGGUGAACAAGCUGGAGAUCCACUUCCACAGGUCUAAACACGGAGGCGGCGAGGUGGAGAACUGUGAAUUCCUGCCCGACUCUGGGACUGUGGUCCUGACAUUCGUGGAGGAAAACAUCGCCAAAGGUUUGACAGAGAGAGAGUUCCACGAAGUAGAGCUCCAGCAAAAGAAGCACACCGUGAGAGUGACUCCUUUUCUGAAUGGGAAAAUUACAAACCUUCAGACCAAGAUGUUGGCGUGCCCUCGGACGGUGCUUCUGACAGGAAUCCCCCAAGUGGAGCACGAGAACCUGGAAGAUCAGGUGGAAAUCCACUUCCAGAGAAGCAGCAAUGGUGGAGGCGAAGUCGAAGCCUUUCUCUACAACCCGCUGGGUCAGCACACCACAGCGCUGUUCGAGAGCAUCCCCUCCAAAACUGAGCAGCAGUAAACUGUAGAUUUAUUCCUGUGGCUCCAGAAAACCUUAUGAAGACACCACUGUCCAGAUGAAAAGAUAGGAUACAGCAUUCUCAAAGUGUCUGAGUUGCAACUUCUGCUGCCAGCCCCCGAGUAAUUUCUGGAAAAUUUGAAUUCUCUGGCGAUAAAAGACAACGUUUGCAUCAUGUGCUGUAAAAAGAGCGGAGAAAAUCCUACAUGCUCUACUCAGAUGACGCCCCUCAUCUCAAAGUCCCGGACAUUUGACCCAGAAAAACCCCUGCCGUGUUCUUAAUCUGAAAGACAAACUCCAGACGCAAUUUCCCAGACAUUUUCCCAGAGUUCAUGUCUAAGCUUUAUAUUCUAUUCAUAUUUCUUGUGGUGGAAGUCAGUUAAAUAACUGCCAAAUAUUUUAAUGGAUAAUUCCUGCUGUUUUCUCACCUGUCCAUUUGGUAGUUUGUUUGCCAGCAUGGAUUACGUAACAACUCAUAAAAUCUUGACGUGGAUCAGCUCAAAGAUUUGAAUCGUGAGAUUUCACAUUUUGAAUUUAUAGAAUAUAUAUUUACAGUGGAAUCACAAUUAACUUUGUGAAGAAGUAUAUUAUUUAAUCAAAGUGAAUCUUUGACUAAACAUUUUUCCAAAUUCAUGGAAGAAAAAAUAAACGGUCUGUUGUAACACUUGAUGUGUUAAAGACUAACUGGUUUUCAUUUUGGAAUAAGUUUGAUCAGAAGAUUCACAGCCGUCUGUUAAGGAUGAAGCUCUUCUGAUUUUUCCAUGAGAUUCAUUCUGCCUCAAAUCAUGUGCUCAUGGACGGAUUAUAAAAUGAGUCAACAGGAGAUGAAGUUCCUCUCGCUGUCUCACAACCUGACAACCGUUGAUUUGAUACCUGAAGUCUUCCCACAAGAACACAUACAAAUCAGAAAGGUUUCCAUUAAAUAGAUGUCAUAUUAUUUCUGAUAGGUUUUUUAAAAUAUCCUGUGCUGAAUUACUUUCUCUAUAAAAGUUAUUUUU